AUGGCGGCAGCGCUGCUCCUCUCCUUCCUCUUCCUCCUCUUCACCACACGAGCCCGAAAGGAGGCUCCGUCGGAGGUGGUGGGGAUUGUGGGUGGGGUGGGCUAUCUCAGCCCCAGCCCCGAAAGCCAAGCCUCCUACCACCAAAUCCACUGGCGACGGGGAGACACGGUGAGGAUCGCCAGCCGGGACAGCCAGGGGAAGGUGCAGUUCCCCAACAACGCCUACACCGGGCGCCUAGAGCUGUUCCCCAACAACAGCCUCAAAAUCAGCCCCCUGCAGAAAACGGACAGCGGCGAGUACCGGGUGUACCUGGAGGACGAGGUGGGCAAGGAGCGCAUCGAGAGGAUCUUCCUGAAGGUCUACGAUGUGGUCCCCAAGCCCACCGUGAAGGUCAACAUGGUCAGUGGUGACUCGAGGUGGUGUCACGCCGUCCUGGAGUGCUCGGUGGAGCUCGAAGGGGUCACCUACGAGUGGAUCCCCCCCGUGAAGAUCAACCUGGAGGAGGCGAACGGCUCCAAGCAGAACAUCUCCUUCAACCCCUCCGUAGAAAUCUACACCUGCAGGGUCAGCAACGCCGUGUCCUCCAACAACGCCUCGCUGACCUACAGGCACCCCUGCUCCUGGACGGGCGCCUCUUCUGCGUCCUCCUCCGGGCUGGGGUUGGUGGCAGUGGGACAAGGGGAGCUGCGUUUGCCCUCCAAUGCCCUUGGUGGGGUGAAAAUUCGGGGCUUUUCUGCCUUUGACAAAACCCGGGACGGCCGCUGA